GUUGCUGUGGCCCCUAGUCUCUAUGGCAACACUUUCCAUGGAACAGUAAACAUGCUGCUAAAUGCUGAUCCAAUAUCACCAAGGUGAAUUGCUGAAUGUUGCUGAAACCUUUCAUCAUCAUGUUGCUGUAAAUGGGCCUGUGUGAGCUAAGAGAAAGAUGGGAAAUAAAAACACAAGCAAAGUGAAAUGGAAACGGGAUGAUGCUGGUGAGAAGGAGGAGGAAGAUCAGGCAGGACCUUCUUCUCAACUCACUCAGAAGGAAAAGAAACUCCAGACAUCCAUAUCUGAUGUGAUGGACUCUGAUCCAGAUGAGGAGAAGAGGAGCAGAGUCUCCAAAGUGGGUGUGUCUUCAUCUGAAUCUCACAGAUGGACAGCAGAGGAAGCAGAGGUCCAUGAGAAAUUCCGAUCCACACUGAGGAGCAAGUUUCAGCAUCUGGUUGAGGGAAUACCUAAUCAGGGGGAAUGCAGACUCCUCCAGGAGAUCUACACAGAUCUCUACAUCACAGAGGGAGGAGGAGGGGUCAAUGAUGAACAUGAGAUCAGACAGAUAGAAAGAGCAUCUUGGAGAGAAGCAGCACAAGGCAGACCAAUCAAAUGCAGUGACAUCUUUAAACCCUUAUCUGAUCACAGACAACACAAACCCAUCAGAACAGUGCUGACAAAAGGAGUGGCUGGCAUUGGGAAAACAGUCUCUGUGCAGAAGUUCAUAUUGGACUGGACUGAAGGAAAAACCAAUCAGGAUGUCCUCUUCAUAUUUCCUCUUCCUUUCCGAGAGCUGAACCUGAUGAAGGACAAGAAACUCAGUCUGGUGGAGCUUCUUCAGCACUUUUUCCCAGAGAUAAAAGAUUCAGAAAUCUUCACCAGCUCAGAGCACAGAGUCAUGUUCAUCUUUGAUGGUCUGGAUGAGUGUCGACUUCCUCUAGAUUUCCACUCCAACCUGACCUGUAUUGAUGUGACAAAGCCAGCCUCAGUGGACGUGCUGCUGACAAACCUCAUCAAGAGAAAUCUGCUCCCCUCUGCUCUCCUCUGGAUCACCACCCGACCAGCAGCAGCCAGUCAGAUCCCUCCUGAGUAUGUGGACCAGGUGACAGAAAUAAGGGGAUUCAAUGACCCACAGAAAGAGGAGUACUUCAGGAAGAGAAUCAGUGAUGAGAACCUGGCCAGCAGAACCAUCACACACCUGAAGUCAUCCAGGAGCCUUUACAUCAUGUGCCACAUUCCAGUCUUCUGCUGGAUUUCAGCCACUGUUGUUGAGAAAACAUCAAAAGAAUCAGGCAAAGUAGAAAUGCCAAGAACUCUCACUCAAAUGUACACACACUUCCUGAUCAUUCAGACUUGUAUCCGAAAAGAAAAAUACACAGAAAGAAACGAGACAGAUGAAGAGAUGGUUUUCAAACUGGGGCAACUGGCUUUCCAACAGCUGGAGAAGGGCAAUCUGAUCUUCUAUGAGGAGGACCUAAGAGAAUGUGGCAUUGAUGUCACAGAAGCAUCAGUGUGUGCAGGAGUGUGUACUCAGAUCUUCAGAGAGGAGUCAGGGCUGUACCAGGGGAAGGUGUUCAGCUUUGUGCAUCUGAGCAUUCAAGAGUUUCUUGCAGCUUUAUAUGUGUUCAUCUGCUUCAGAAGCACAAGGAGCAGCAUGUCUGACCAACAUCAAUCCUCCCAGCUCUCUGCUCUGUUCACAGCUGCAACACUGCAUGAGCUACACAAGACUGCAGUGGACCUGGCCUUACAGAGUAAGAACGGACACCUGGACCUUUUCCUCCGCUUCCUUUUGGGCCUCUCACUGGAGUCCAACCAGAAUCUCUUAAUGUGUCUUUUGCCACAGACAGGAAGUCAAUCACAGAGCUCAGAGCAAACAGUCCAGUAUAUCAAGCAGAAGAUCAGAAAUCAACGUAAAUCAGAUAGAAAGAUUAACCUGUUCUACUGUCUGAAUGAGCUGAAUCGUCAUGCUGUAGUGGAGGUGAUUGACAGGAUCACUGGAGCUCUGUCUGUAGAAACACUCUUACCAGGAGAGUGGGAGACUAGGAUAUUUGAGUUUAAGAUUCCAGAGGAGCAGCUGGAAGAGUUUGACCUGCAGAAGUACAUGAAGACACCAGAGACUGAUCAGACUGAGCUCCUCAGUCCAGAUGACGUUCUGCAGAGGCUGGUUCCAGUGGUCACAUCAGCUAUGCUGAGAUAUUGUUCCCUCACAGAGGAGAGCUGUGCUGUGAUAGCGUCAGCUGCCAGAUCAAACUCCUGCAGUUUGAAGGAGCUGGACCUGAGUAGCAAUGAGCUUCAUGAUGCAGGAGUUCAGCAUCUCUCAGAGCUCCUCAAGAAUCCCCACUGCAAACUGGAGAAACUAAAGCUGCUGUCUUGUUCCCUCACAGAGAAGAGCUGUGCUGUGAUAGCGUCAGCUGCCAGAUCAAACUCCUGCAGUUUGAAGGAGCUGAACCUGAGUAGCAAUGAGCUUCAUGAUGCAGGAGUUCAGCAUCUCUCAGAGCUCCUCAAGAAUCCCCACUGCAAACUGGAGAAACUAGUGCUGGAUGAGUGUCUCCUCACAGAGAAGAGCUGUGCUGCGAUAGCGUCAGCUGCCAGAUCAAACUCCUGCAGUUUGAAGGAGCUGGACCUGAGUAGGAAUGAGCUUCAUGAUGCAGGAGUUCAGCAUCUCUCAGAGCUCCUCAAGAAUCCCCACUGCAAACUGGAGAAACUAGAGCUGGAGCGUUGUUCCCUCACAGAGAAGAGCUGUGCUGUGAUAGCGUCAGCUGCCAGAUCAAACUCCUGCAGUUUGAAGGAGCUGGACCUGAGUAGCAAUAAGCUUCAUGAUGCAGGAGUUCAGCAUCUCUCAGAGCUCCUCAAGAAUCCCCACUGCAAACUGGAGAAACUAAAGCUGAGAUAUUGUUUCCUCACAGAGAAGAGCUGUGCUGUGAUAGCGUCAGCUGCCAGAUCAAACUCCUGCAGUUUGAAGGAGCUGGACCUGAGUAGGAAUAAGCUUCAUGAUGCAGGAGUUCAGCAUCUCUCAGAGCUCCUCAAGAAUCCCCACUGCAAACUGGAGACACUAGUGCUGAGGUGGUGUUCCCUCACAGAGAAGAGCUGUGCUGUGAUAGCGUCAGCUGCCAGAUCAAACUCCUGCAGUUUGAAGGAGCUGGACCUGAGUAGCAAUGAGCUUCAUGAUGCAGGAGUUCAGCAUCUCUCAGAGCUCCUCAAGAGUCCCCACUGCAAACUGGAGAAACUAAAUGUGGAUGACCGUACCUUCCUAAAGGAGAGUCCAGCAGCAGCAACAGCCUCUGCUAGCAGCUCCCACUCAGAUGCUGCAGAGCUGCACCUCAGAGACAAAGUCAAGCAGGACCCAGGAGCACAGCUGCUCUCUCUGGACACACACACGGAGGAUCACCACAUUGAUGCCCCACAGAGGAGCUGUGAGUCCUGUGCUGAAGUUCCAGACUCCAGCCACUGGGUCUUGGUGAAGCCUGAAGUCUCCACAGAGGAGAGCGUCUCCACCUACAGCCUGAGCUCUCCUGCAGGGAGCUACGAGUGCCCAGAGUCUGGUCUGCGCUGGACGUGUGCUGGUCCAGUCACCCUGCAGUACCACUUCACAGACUGGCAUGUCUUUGCUGAAGAGCUGGCCCACAUGCAGUCCAGACAGGCUGGUCCUUUGAUGGACAUCAGGCUCAUGUCAGGAGAGCUGGAGGAGAUCCAUCUGCCACAUUUCCUCUGUUUGGGAGGUUCUGAGGCGUCUGAGGUGUGUGAUGCUGUGAGGGUCCUGCAUGGGCGGGAGAGUGGAGUGUGUGUGGAGGUGUGUGAGCUGACCCGACACCAUGUCAGGAUUCUCCACCCCUCCUUCUCCCUGUUCGGGCCAGUGUUGGCUUACCUGAGGGAUUGGAUUUUUCCCAAAGUCCACUGUGAGCUGCUGCUCUUCUCCACACGCACCGCUCCCCUGGUCCUCCACACCUACCUGGUGCCCAACGACCCGGCCCACAUCCGGGCCAUCCUGCAGGAGGAGAAACCAGAGGGGGUGAGGAUCCGCAAACCCGGCGCUGUGGGCCCACUCCGGCUGAAGGACAGCGUGUGUGUGAGGACAUCGUGUUUGUCCGAGAUCCUCCCCGAGAAGAUGAACCUGUGGCCGCUCUCCACUGGUAACUUCUGUGAGGUGUACAUGAAGGAGCCAGAGGAGGAGUUUGACAUGGAGGUCAUCAGCUCUCAGCACACAGAGCCCGUCUGGAGAUCCAAGAUCCGCAGAGACGACUACUGCCAGCCCAGCAGGAGCCCAGCACAGGGCAGCAGCCAGGGGGCUAACACAGAGCGGCUGUUCCAGGUGCGGCCCGGCCUCAUCAGUGGAGUGUCCAGCGGUGUCCUGAGGAGCAUGCUGGACCGACUCCAGGCCCACAGGCCUCCUGUGCUGAGCAGCAGGGAGGCUGGAGAGGUCCUGCAGAGGAACCAGGUGCUGCAGGACCAGGUGAGCUGCCUGGUGGACAUGGUGCACAGGAAGGGAGAUACAGCAUGCAGCAUCAUGCUGGCCCUGCUGGAGGAACUGGACCCCCACCUUUAUGGAGCGCUGUGA